GACGGGAGGUAAUCCCCUCCAUGUGAGGAGGAGGCGGCACGGGUGCGGAGGCGGGCUGUUUUUCAUUCAAAUCCUUACUAGUCCUAUAAAAAGCGGAACUCGGAGCUAGAAAGAAAGAGAGAGAUAGAGAUAGAGAGAGGUAGAGAGAGAGAGAGGGGGAAAGCGCGCAGAUCGACACGGCUGUAUCUGUGGGGAUGGAGAUGCUGCAUGGAUCCGCAGGUGUCCAAACGGCGCUGAAAAACGCCGCCGUGUGCGUAAUGCUGCUGCCGCGCUUCCUUCUCGCCGCCGUGAUGCUGUGGCUCCUGGAUUUCUUGUGCAUCCGGAGGAAGGUGCUCACGAAGAUGCGCGAGAGCGACCUGAGCAGCCCCGACGACCCGCCGCUCUGCGUGUCAGACUCCAACAAGAUGUUCACGCUCGAGUCGCUGCGCGCCGUGUGGUACGGCCACAAGCUGGACUUCUUCAAGACGGCGCGUCUGGGCGGCGCGGCGCCCAACACCGAGGUGGUUCCCCUGGACAGCGCGUCGCGGAGAGGCGCGCAGCGGAUCCUGGACUACGCCCGCGGGAGGAGACCCCUCAUCCUGAACUUUGGGAGCUGCUCCUGACCGCCGUUCAUGACGCGCCUCGCGGCGUUCCAGCGCGUCGCGCGGCAGUACGCGGACAUCGCGGACUCGCUGCUGGUGUACAUCGAGGAAGCGCAUCCUUCAGACGGCUGGGUGAGUUCCGACGCGCCUUACCAGAUCCCUAGGCACCGCUGUCUGGAGGACAGACUCCGCGCCGCGGAGCUCAUGAACCGCGAGGCGCAGGGGAGCGCCGUGGUCGUGGACACCAUGGAGAACUCGUCUAACUCGGCGUACGGCGCUUAUUUUGAGCGCCUCUACAUACUGAAGGACGAGAAGGUCGUGUAUCAAGGCGGCAGGGGUCCGGAAGGCUACCGGGUUUCGGAGCUCAGAGACUGGCUGGAGCGCUACCGGAGCGAUCUGGAAGCUUCGAACGCGGAGACGGUGGUGCACGUUUAAGGCGGAUGGAUGCACGGAUGUUUUCUUUCCCUCAGCCCGACUCUCCCCUGCUGAAAAAACAAAAUAUAUAUAGACACCAUCACAGAAUGUGUAAUGGUUGUACUGGGUAUAUUAGCACACGUACGUCUGCAAGAUGUGUAUGUUAAUGAUGCUGUGUGAGAUGUCAGUUUUACAUGCAUUCUGAAUGAUAAACAUCUUAAAGACAUCUAAUAGAUGACAUCUAAAAGGAAACGUCCUAUAGACGUAUUGCAGAUGUGCAAACAGUCUAAAACAAUACGUCUUGCAGAUGUAAAUGCAGACGUACUGUGCUAUCAGGGGAUUACUGGGAGACGUACUGGUUUAAAUGGAAACAGUAAUGGACCCUGUGGGUUUCUACUGGUAAUUGGUCACCUUUUAUUGGUGGCUUGUUAAAACCAUUAAAUCCUAAUGGAAUGUGUCCCAAAACGCACUACAGAAAACCAUUUUUAAUGGUUAAAAGUUGAUGGUUUGUUGUUGAAACCAUUUGAAUGUCUGUGAUGGUUUCUAUUGUGUUUUUCAGCAGGGUCGUGUCCUUAUCAAGUCGUUGGCUGCAUUUCAAAGCAUACACUCUUAAAAAAUAAAGGUGCUUAAGGCGAGACACUGCAG